AUUGGUCUUUCAAGCGUGGUACUGCAUCGUUUCUCUCCUUAUCGAUGCAGUCCCAGAGUAACCCCCAGCACAAGCGACAAUGGGUUGAGUCGCUAUAUAUCCGGUCCCUUCUGGCUGGCGCAGUUGCGGGCACGACCACUGACCUAUCCCUUUACCCCCUCGAUACUCUAAAGACCCGCCUCCAAUCAUCCCAGGGCUUCGCCGCGGCAGGAGGCUUCCGAGGCCUCUUCAAGGGUGUCGGAGCCGCAUUCGUCGGCUCCGCGCCAGGCGCGGCGCUCUUCUUCGUGACGUACGAUUCCACGAAACGAUAUCUGCUGAAAGGGUCGGGCGAGCACAAGAGCCACGGAGCUCUGUCAUGGAUCCCGCCUAGUCUACGAGACCCGACCGCGCACAUCGUCGCUGGAAGUCUUGGAGAGCUGGCAGCAUGUACGGUCCGGGUGCCGACCGAGGUGGUCAAGCAGCGUGUACAGGCGUCGCAGCACCCGAGUUCGUUGUCAUCUCUGGUCUUCAUCCUGUCGAGAUGGAGGCAUGAAGGAAUCGUACAUGUCUGGAAGGAGAUGUACCGAGGAUGGGGCAUCACGGUCAUGCGCGAAGUGCCGUUCACCAUUAUCCAGUUCCCGCUCUGGGAAGGAUUCAAGUCUCGGUGGGUUCACAGGACUCGGGAGAAGUACGUCGCGGCGCAGAAUGCGAAGGGGGCGGUCAUCGAUCGAAAUGUGCUAGAGGAACCGAUAUCCGCUGCCGCGUCUGCGAUCUUCGGAACGCUUUCCGGUUCAUUUGCGGCGGCUAUGACGACGCCGUUGGACGUCAUGAAGACAAGACUAAUGCUUUCAAAGGAGAGGCGGACCUCCGCUUCGGUGUUGAAGCAAGUUCUUCGAGAGGAAGGAUUCCGUGGGCUGUUCUCCGGUCUCGGGCCCCGUGUGAUGUGGAUUGGUGGAGGAGGAUUUAUCUUCCUAGGCAGCUAUCAAUGGGUUAUCAAUCAACUUGGAGGCGGAGAAUAG